AUGGACAUGAUUGCUGUUAAGUCACCAUUGGGCAAUAUGGAGAUCCUCACCGUUGUUGUUCCUGAUCUUGUUCGCUUGGCGAAGAAGCAUUUGAUGGAAAAUUCCAUGUUUCUUCAUCUCGAACAUGUGCGCAAAGGCUCACUUCACGCCAACAUUGGUCCUCAUCCUGUGAAAACAAUGGCCGACGGAAUUGAAUAUUGCGCUCUUGCUGUUCAGAUCCCGCAUUACAAACAGAAGAAGUGCCCGAUAGUUUUCAAUGACUGUGAAAAAGUAGCGAUAUCAUCUGACGUUUUGAGUGCAAUUGACGAAAAAGAUACGGUUGUAACUUUCGGAAAAACAAAAAAUGAAUCCAUAUACUUCUUUAUGUUUGAUAGAAAUACUGAGAAGGCAUUGCAUGCUGAUGCAAUCACCAGGAUUGCUGAAUGCCUCAUCCGCCUCACCACUAAUUUGAAACUACGUCAAUUGAUUGAGAUUGAAGCUGUUCGUCUCCCAGUUGAGCUCACUGGAAGCUUCAUUAUGUCAAUCAAGUGCGAAGAAGCUGGAAAUAGAACCAUAGAAAUCUAUGAUGAAAACUUGACUCAAGUUGGAUUCAUCAACGGCUUCAUCUGGAAAGAUAUUGUUGUCUAA